AAAUUAUCCAACUUUUUUUGUUUCAAAGCUGCGAAGUCGCCAUCUUGUUGGAUGUUGAAAAUUAUUGGAAAAUUGAAAGAAUUUUCUCUUAAUUUUAUUUAUUUUCGUGUUUUAUGUGUUGUAAUUAGAAAUGUCUAAGCGUCGUAUUGAAGUGAUGGAUCCCUUUAUCAAAAAGAAAAGGGAAGAGAAGGCGGCCGCGGCUGCCAAGUCUGGCGGUAGCGGCGAGUCCUCAGAGUCUGCACUAGCAACUCUAGGCACCAGUAUGCCUCCAACUGCUACCAGCACUCCGGGUGUCAACCCUUUCACUGGUCUACCACACUCUCAGCGCUACCACGAGCUCCUACGUAGACGUCUCGGCCUCCCAGUAUGGGAAUACAAAAAUGACUUCAUGAGACUUCUAAACAACCACCAGUGUGUUGUCCUUGUCGGUGAGACUGGCUCAGGAAAAACCACACAGAUACCGCAAUGGUCAGUAGAGUUCGCUGCUGUUACUGCGGGCAAAUCCAAAGGCGUAGCUUGUACACAACCAAGAAGAGUGGCCGCCAUGUCAGUAGCUCAGAGAGUUGCUGAAGAAAUGGACGUAGCUUUAGGCCAGCAAGUUGGUUACAGCAUCCGUUUUGAAGACUGUUCCGGACCACAAACCAUACUUAAGUACAUGACAGAUGGUAUGUUGCUGAGAGAAGCGAUGUCAGACCCCAUGUUAGAACAAUACAGAGUUAUCCUCCUUGAUGAGGCUCACGAGAGAACAUUGGCCACUGAUAUUCUUAUGGGGGUCUUAAAAGAAGUUAUUAAACAGAGAGCCGAUCUCAAACUAGUUAUUAUGUCUGCUACGCUAGACGCUGGCAAGUUUCAACAGUACUUUGACAACGCACCGCUAAUGAAUGUCCCUGGUCGAACCCAUCCCGUAGAGAUAUUCUACACUCCACAACCAGAAAGAGAUUACUUAGAAGCAGCUAUCCGCACUGUCAUACAAAUCCACAUUUGCGAAGAAAUCGCUGGAGACAUUCUUCUUUUUUUGACUGGUCAAGAGGAAAUUGAGGACGCUUGUAAGAGGAUUAAGAGGGAAAUUGAUAAUUUGGGUCCAGACGCUGGGGAGUUGAAGUGUAUACCAUUGUAUUCUACACUGCCGCCGAAUUUGCAACAGAGGAUUUUCGAGCCGGCGCCACCGAAUCGGGCUAAUGGAGCGAUCGGACGAAAAGUAGUCGUAUCUACAAAUAUUGCUGAGACCUCGCUGACUAUAGAUGGCGUGGUGUUCGUGAUAGACCCCGGUUUUGCUAAACAGAAAGUGUACAAUCCUCGUAUUCGUGUGGAGUCUCUCCUAGUGUCCCCAAUUAGUAAGGCGUCCGCCCAACAGAGGGCGGGGCGAGCCGGUAGGACGCGGCCUGGUAAAUGCUUCAGACUGUACACGGAGAAAGCAUAUAAAAAUGAAAUGCAAGAUAAUACUUAUCCGGAAAUUUUAAGAUCGAACUUAGGAUCUGUAGUUUUGCAGUUGAAAAAACUUGGCAUCGACGACUUGGUGCAUUUCGACUUUAUGGACCCCCCCGCGCCCGAGACGUUGAUGAGGGCACUCGAGCUACUCAACUACUUGGCUGCUCUGGAUGAUGACGGCAAUCUGACGGACCUGGGCGCUGUGAUGGCGGAGUUUCCCUUGGACCCUCAGCUCGCCAAGAUGUUGAUCGCCAGCUGCAACCACAACUGUUCCAAUGAGAUCCUCUCCAUCACUGCUAUGCUGUCAGUACAACAAUGCUUCGUGCGACCCAACGAGGCUCGCAAGGCGGCGGACGAGGCUAAGAUGAGAUUCGCACACAUUGACGGGGACCACCUCACGCUACUCAACGUCUACCAUGCUUUUAAACAGAAUAUGGAAGACCCACACUGGUGCUAUGAUAACUUCAUCAACUACCGGUCACUAAAGUCUGGAGACAAUGUACGUCAGCAACUCAGCAGGAUCAUGGAUAGGUUUAACUUGAAGAGGACGAGCACAGAGUUCACAAGCAAGGAUUACUAUAUAAAUAUAAGGAAAGCACUAGUUAAUGGAUUCUUUAUGCAGGUAGCCCACUUAGAGCGUACAGGUCACUACUUGACAGUGAAAGACAACCAGGUCGUCCAGCUCCACCCCAGCACGUGCCUGGACCACAAGCCCGACUGGGUCAUCUACAACGAGUUCGUGCUCACUACCAAGAACUAUAUCCGGACUGUCACUGAUAUCAAACCGGAAUGGCUCCUGAAAAUAGCCCCACAGUACUACGAACUGAACAACUUUCCCCAGUGCGAGGCGAGGCGACAGCUAGAGUUACUGCAAGCAAGACUCGACUCCAAAGCCUACCAGGAAGGGUUCUAGGACAUCAGACAGACACUCGUUACUGUAAUAUAGCUCUUGUGUCCAUACGAAUAAAGGUGGCCACAAGAGCGCCGCUGGUAAAAUGUAAUAUUGAAAUAGUGUUUAGAACAGUUAGACACAGCUAGUUGGAAGACAACAAUACACUUAGCUUUAGUUAAGCUUACAUUUUUAUUCAGCUCACAUUGUCUACAUUGCCGAGCUGGUCUCGGGUUCGAUUCCCACUCUGGGAGGAGGUAAUGUCACUCCUGCCAACACUUCCUUGGAAGAAGCUAUCACGAGACAUGUUCAUAUUAAACAGCUUAUUCGCGUAAUUGACGAGCCAACUCGACCGGUUUCGAUCAUAGGCAUCCGGUGUAACUCGAAAGCAGUCGAGUUGGCUCGAAAAGUUACGUAAGUAAACUAUUAUGUAUGCUAAAUAUUUUGAUUGUACCAGUAUAUGAGAAUUUGUUAAUUUAUCAAUAGUGUAAAAUUGUGUUUUAUAAAUUAUCUGUCAGAUAAAUGUAUCAGGGAGUAUGUUUAAGCGAGGCGUGACGGAAAACUGUUUCCUGUUAUUUGUAUAACUUAAAUAAACCUAUUUUGUACUGUAAACUAAAGGGGAAUUUUAACUGCACCUCCAUUUAGAAAUUAAGCUAACAACAUUUCUUCAUUACAGCGUAUCGAAUAAAUGAC